AUGACGGCAGUACCUGCAGUGGCAGCGGUGAUUGGUAUCCGGCACUACGAUCGUCACAGGUCGCUGCCUAGUUGCCACAAGGAUGCUGAGGAAAUCUGCAAAGGCUUGCGAUCAGGGCAGUUUCCAGGUGAAGCAGCUAAGGUGUACUAUGAUGCAGACAGAACCACAAUUCUUCAGGCUAUCAACCGCCUCAGUGAAGCGGUUAGGAGCGGUGCGCGCUUCACAUGGUUCCAUUAUUCCGGACAUGGAAUAUGGUACCAAGAUGAUCUCCACUUAGUCCCCUCUGAUUCUCGCUAUUUUGAAGCCAAUGUUCCGUUCAGCUCAAUUCUGGAGUCUUUGAGCAAACAUGAGACUCAGGGAUGCUUGCACAUAAUCACUUUGGACUGCUGCCAAACGCUGCCAGAGCGCCAGAAUGUCCAUAGCAACUCCAGCUCGGGCGUUCGUGGAGGUGGAAGGAAAGACGAACUAUUCAAGAAACUUUAUAACUUCUCACCGUCUGCCAGCGGUCAUGAAGUCGUAGUCUUUGGUGCUUGUGAGAAGUUAUGUCAGUUCGACAAGUACAAGGGAGACCUGGAAGCCAUGGAAGCGAAUCCGUGCCAUCAGCCAACACUCGUUCUUUAUUUCAAGAUGCCAGUGAAAGAGGCGCUGCUCCGAAUCAAAAAGCGAGCUCGCUUCUUUGAGAAGGACAUCGAAGAAAACUAUAUGAAGCUGUUGGAGGCAGAAUAUGAGACCCACUACAAGAACCGAGAGGUUGCUCCAGAGUGCGUUGCCUUGAAACCGCAGAGCCAGAGGCAGAUGGACUGGAGCCACCCUUUGCAGCAGAUGGCAGCAGCAGAGCGCAUCGCUUUACAGGAGCUCUUCUCCCCACUUCGAACUCCCAAACGGGCUGUGGUGAUAGGCAACCGGGGCUAUUUGAACCAUCAGGAGCUUCUGAGUUGCCACAAGGAUGCUGAGGAAAUGGCUAAAGCCUUGCGCGAAGGACAAUUCCCAGGUCGAGCUACUUUGGAGCUCCGCGAUGCAACACGCAGAGAGAUCUUUCAGGCCAUUGAUCGCCUUACUCAAGCAGCCCGAUUUUUGCAUGAGAAGGACCUCAGUCUGUGGUAUGUCAUUUCACAGGUGACCAGUGCUGUGGAGCAGGAGACCGAGGGUAGCCAAGUAACAACUAUUGAGCACAUCAGCCCAAUCGGAGGCAGUGGUCGUGUCAUCACAGCCACGACAAGAACCAAGAGCACUUCUGUGAGCUUUGAAGAAGAGUCGAAGAGGUUGUCUGAGGAUUUCCUUCUCUGGAUCCAACAGUUACAGCCGUUACCGAUGAAUCAUUUCUUGAUUGUGUGCGAUGGAAUCAUUGGAUGUGGUAAGACCACGUUCUUGGACGAGCUUUCCAGGUCCAUGCCACUUGGGCCCCCUGAAGUGCAGAUUUUUCGAGAGCCCGUCGCAGAGGAUGCUGAUAACACCUGGUGGCAAUUGCUUGAGGUGUUCUGUGCGGCCUUGCAUGAGCAGGGGAAUUUGCCAGACAGUGCCAAUGCCUGCCGCAUUGUGUGUCAAGGUCAGUUCAAAGAGUUUGAGGAAAAGCUCGCUGCUAUCGAUGCAGAUCUUCGCUACGCACCAACACUCAUUCUUCAUUUCAAGAUAACGGUGGAGGCAGCCAUGAUGCGCAUACAGAAUCGAGCUAAAGUGGAAGGCCGGUGGUUUGAGAAAGACAUCACUGAAGAGUAUUUGCGGAAUUUGCUGGCAAAGUAUGAGAGUCUCUACGAGGGUCGCAAGGACGUUAUCGUGAUCGAUUCGAACAUGCCGACAGAUGAGAUCAAGAGGGAAGUUGCCGACAAGCUUGAAAACAACGAAGAGAAGUACCGCGAGGUGCUCAAGGCCAAAGGCUUUCCCGAAGCCCAAACCAGAAGACUAUUGGCCCUGAUGAUCAGUUGUUUCAAGAAUUCACCUCAGUAAACUUCCCGAAGGGUGGCUGCAAGAUCUGUACAGUGUAGCUUGUUCCAUUGUUUUUUUUACCUCGUUUUUUAUUUCAUUGUGCAUAGACCGUAGAGCUCGGAGGGUGCACCACACAAUGUGUUGCCGCUGCUUCGGCGUCACCUGUCAGGUUCUUCCUGAAAUACAUUGCCG